AUGGCGUCUUCGCUUGUGUUCUACUUUGUUGGAGUCUUGCUUUUAGUUCAUUCGGGAUACUCUUCUUUUGAGUUCCACAAGCUUACGGUACUUUCACAUUAUUCUGGAAGCUUACCUGUAGACAUUGUCGCUGAAGCAGUAGUUGGAAUCCUCAUUAUCGUCAUUGGUUCCAUUAGUUCCAUCAAGAAUUUGCCGGUAUUGUCACUUAAAGGUGAAAAGGUGUAUCAUAAAAGCACGUAUUUGAAGUUUAUAGAAAUGAAGAAUGCUGUGACAGUGGCAGAAAAAGUCGGCUUGAGCGACUAUGACGAGCUCAAAAACAGAAUUGGUUUCAUAAACAUCGUCAAUAAGAGAAAGGAGUAUACAGAAUGGUUGGCUUCUGGACAGACAAAGGCGUAG